AUGGCUGAAGAUCAAUCAAAGGCCAACCGGUUUGGAGCCGGAUGGGGUGGCUUUAACAACUUGCGCAAGCAAGCUCAGGAAAUGGGCACCAAGAUGGGAGCUCAAAUGGAGCAAGCCGCCGCGAAAAGGACACCCAACAAUAGCAGUCACGGCAUGAAGGUCGCUGCCGAAGCGGAAGCGGAUGCGCCCGCGACGACGAAAUCGGCCGCGGACGGUCACUCCAAAGAAGAGUUGCUGGCCGUGUUACAGAAAAUGAACAAAAAGGUCAAGGCGCUGAGUGUCCUCCGACAGCAAUUAACCGAACGUGCCGAAUCCGCCGAAACAUCCAAAGCCAAAUUGGUGGCGUUGCUCAAGGAAGAAAUUCUACAGAAUGCCAUGCUGGAAGAAAAUACUGCUGCCGAUGAAGCUGAACAGCUUCAAAAAGCAUGGAGACAAAUGGACGAAAACAAUCAACUCACUCUGCAGAGUCUACAGUCGGAAUUCAAAAAACAAGCCAUGGCACAUCAGGAAGCUGUCAAAAAGUUACAGGCCAAUGGACACGACAACAGCGGCAGUAGCGGCAGUAAUGGCAAUAGUAGUGGCGUGAGCAAGGAAGAAAUGGAGCAAAUCAAAGAUCAGUACCGCAAAGAUUUGCAAGAUGCCAUGGAGCAAAUGGAUAAGAAACGACAACAAGAAGUCGCAAUCUUGCAAGAAAAACUAGACAAGGCGCAAGCAGCAUCUAGUACAGCAUCUAGUACAGGAGCAGAUGCCAAAGGCGCCAUUAGCGAAGAAGCACACAAGGCAGAAUUGAACAAACUCAAGGGAUUGGCCGCGCAGCAACUAAAAGCAUUCAAAACCAAGGUUGCCACGGCACGACAAUCCGAACUGGCCAAACUACGGGAGGAGUUGGGAAAAGAAUCCGAACAAAAAAUGACGGCCAAAGUGGCCGAGCUACAGGCUGCGCACCAACAAGAAUUGCAAAAUGCCACGGCCAGCAACAACAGCCAAGGUGAACAGGAAACAGCUGCCGUGAAAGAACAACUCGCAAAGGAGUACGAAUCCAAAAUGCAAGCCAAGCUUGCCGAGUUGAAAGCAGCACAUGAGCAAGAGUUGCAGAACACCACUGCCAAUAGUACCAAGCAAGCUGGUGAACAGCAAGAAGCCAUCAAACAGCAACUCACGAAGGAGUUUGACGCCAAGAUUGCCGAAUUGAAAGCAGCUCAUCAGCAGGAGCUGCAGAACGCCACUGCCAACACUAGCCAGCAAUCCGGGGAACAGCAAGAAGCUAUCAAACAGCAACUCGCGCAAGCAUACGAAGCCAAAAUGGCGCAGCUCAAACAAACCUUGGAGCAAGACCAUUCGCAGCAAUUCGAAAAACUCAAACAAGCGACGACGGGACAACUUGAGGCGCUCAAGGCAUCCAUGAUGGAAUCUCACACCGCCGAAAUGAACAAUCUAAAAGGGCAAGCAGAAGCGGCCAAGGCUCAAGCAAUCGAGGAAGCACGAAAGCAAGCGGAACUUGCUGCGAAACAGACGGUCGAACAACAAAAGCAACAAGAAAUUGAAUCGCUCAAACAGUCGCAUCAAAGAGGCUUGGAGAUGGUUAAACAAGAGUCACAGAUGCAACUGAUGAAGUAUACCGAAACAGCCGAUGGGGCUGCCCUGGCGGCCAAGGCAUCAGAGGAUAAGGUCCUAACAUUGCAGCAACAAAUUGCCGCUCUGCAGGAGAAACAUCAAAAGGAUUUGGAUUUGCUCAAGACCAAAUCAGAAGAACAGCUCCAAAAAUCCACCGAGAGUGCCAAUGCUAAUUCACAAAAGGCAAAGGAAUCCGAGGAGAAGGUCGCGUCAUUGGAGAAGGAGGUUGGCAACCUCAAGGAAACCCACCGAAAGAGUCUCAUGUUACUUCAGCAAGAGUCGCAGAUGCAACUGAUGAAGUUCACGGAAAAUGCCGACGGCGCUAACCAGGCAGUCAAGGCAUCGCAAGAACAAGUUGCAUCGCUUCAACAGGAAAUUGCUACCUUGACGGAAACUCAUCAGAAGGAGUUCAAGCUCAUGAAGCAGGAAUCUCAGCUGCAGCUGACCCAACUUACAGAAAAGUCGACCACUGCGUCGGAGACUGCGAAAUCAUUGGAAGAAAAGGCGGCUUCUCUGCAGAAGGAAAUGGAAACGGUAAAGCAGGCGCAUUCAUCGGAAGUGGCAAACCUUAAGCAACAGGUUGCUCUUGUGACGUCGCAAGCUGAGGAAGAGCGCCAGCAGCAAGUUCAGAAAUUGGAAGCAAAACAUAAAGAACAACUGAGUGAACUUUCAAAGCAGAUAGAACAGGAGACGCAGGCGAAGAGUCAAGAAAUCGCGACUUUGAAGCAAUCCCAUCAAAAGGAACUCGAGACGGUGAAGGGCAAAUUGGACGCACAGGUUAGGGAAUUAACAACAAAUGCCCAGCGUACUUCGCAAACAGCAAAGGCAGCGGAAGAACGAAUUGUAUCUCUGCUGAAGGAGAUCGAAACGUUGAAGGCGCAGCAUGAGGGGGACAUUGGGUCGUUGAAGCAGCAGAUUGAGCAGACGCGUUCAGCUAUGGCAGCGCAAGGAGCAGAAGAGCAACAGCAGCGUCUACAAGACAUGGAACAAUCCAAUCAUGCCAAUCUGCAAGAGCUGACUAAAAGGAAGGAUGCAGAGGUCAAAGCAAAGCAACUUGAAAUGGAUGCACUCAAAAAGAGUCAUCAACAGGCCCUUGAUGCUCUGAAGGCAGAAUCUCAAUCUUCUCUUGACAAGUCAUCUAAGGAAGCUGAAAAAAUUGCUCAAACCAUCAAAGAAUCUCAAGAAAAGAUUAUGACUCUUGAGAAGGAUCUGACUUCAUUGAAACAAAGCCACGCAGCAGAAAUGACGACCAAAGAGAAAGAAGCGGAGCAGAAACAAAUCGAAGCAGUCGCCGCAGUAAAACAAAAGUUCUCGCAACAAGCCCAAGCAUGGCAGAAAUCUAACUCUGACACACACAAGGCCCAAAUGGACAAGUUGCAAGAUGAACACAAGGCGGCGUUGGCCAAGGCUGUAGACGAAACGAAAGUGGCAGGGGACCAGGAAAAGGCUGCUCUCAAGACGGAAAUGGCAAAGAAGAUCGCCGAUGAGCAAAAGAUGUUGUCACAGCUAAAUUCAGAAAAGGAAGCCUUGCAAGAAAAGGAGAAAUCGCUUGUUGCGAAUGUCGAAAGUCUAAACUCCCAGCUUGUGAAACUCAAUGACGAGAAGGCAUCGCUUGAAGCGGCAGUUCAAGACACUGGCAAGGACGCUAGCAAAGCCAUGGAGGACGCUUUAGCUCGUCAACGUACUUCGUUUGAGCAGAACAUAGCCGACACCAACAAUCGACAUGCCGAAGCGGCGAAGGCUUUGGAGGAGAAACUUGCUGUCGCGACUGAUUCGCUUCAAAUGCAAAAGCAACAAUUGGAAGAGGUACAAGGACAAUUGGCGAAUGCACAAACUAUCUCAACCAAGGCUGCCGCAGAGGCCGACUCCAAGGUCGACCAACUGAUCUCCGAGAAGCAAAAGCUCGCCGAAGAGGUGGAGGCCCAAAAAGUAGCACUGGAAAAAAUGAAGUCCGAGGCCGCAGAGCAAGCAGGAGCGAGGGAGGAGAGUCUAAUGGCUGAAGUAGACAGCUUGUCCAAGAAGCUGAAGGACAAUGAAACGACAGUGAUCACCAUGAAGCAGGAGCAUGAAAAAGCGAGUUCCCAGGCUCAGGCGGAAAUUGAAAAGCUUCGCCAGCAAUGUAAAGCCGCGGAGGCUUCACUUCAGGCCACAGGCUCCGAAACAGCCGCGAAAGUGCAAGAAUUGCAAGCUGAGAUUGCCAAGGUCUCUGCGGCUUCCGAAGAGCGCAUCAAGUCCGCCGUCGACGCAGCAAACGCGGAGAAGGAAAAGGAUAAGACGGCCUUGAAGACAGAAAAGGAGCAGGAAGUAGCAGAACUGAAAGCUAAGCUGGAGAAAGCCAUGGAACUCAUCAAGAAAAUCAAAGCAACAAGUGCCAAGAAGGUUGGCGAGAUUGAGAAGAGUCAAACAGCGGCAAAGCAAAAACUCGAGGAAGAAAAGACAUCCCUCGAGGCUUCUGCCAAAGACUUGGAAGCUAAGCUCAUGGAAGCUGUCAAAGCACGGGACGAAGCGUCCGCCAACCUUGACGCCAUGAAGAAGAAGAGCGAGGAAGAAAACACCGCGCUUCAAGAGUUCUUGGAGAAAGAGAAAGGAGCCGCCACGAAGCUUCGCGAGGACUACGACGCAAAGGUCCAAGUCCUGCAAAAACAGCUCGAAGAUGCGCUAACGCAAGCGGAACAAGCGGGAGUUCCCGAGGACGUGAAGAAGGAGUUCGAGGGCAAAAUCAGCGCUCUAGAGAAACAGUGUGCCGAGGAGGCUGAUAAUGCCAAGAAGGCCCUCCAAGUUGCGAAAGAUGAGCGCGAAGCAUCAGAAUCGAAACUUCAGGAAGAAAAAAAGGCGGCUGCGACUAAAGUUUCAGAGUUAUCUGACAAAUUGAAGCAGACAAUCGCAGCGGCCGAGAAGGAAAAGGAGAAGCUUCGCAAGGACAUGGAAGCCUACGCUGACAAACUGAACGCCCAUUCAAAGUCUAGGUUUCAAGAAACGAAGAAGAAGCAUGACGAGGAGAUUGCCGCCAUGGUUACUAGGUGCAAGAACCAAGACGAUAUGAUUGUGAAACUUACCGAACGACUGAAGGGCAUGACAACAGCAACGAACACCCUCAAAGAGGAGAAGGAGACUUUGCAAGGGAAGGUCAAAGCGGAUGCAGCAUCUCAGAAGUCUCUGCAGAGAAAGCUUGACGAAGCACAGCAGGAAUUGAAUGCUGCGGUGGCCGAAAGCGUGUCGACUUCUGAGUCACUUCUGCAGCAGCAAGACAGGCUUGAAGCAGAAAAAGCUAAUCUCACAAACGAAAUGAAGAAACUGAAGCAAGAGAGAGACACCAGCAAGAAUAAGGUCGAAGAGCUCAGCGGAAAGCUUGAGGCGCUUUCAACAAAUUUAAAUGUCAUGGCAGAAGACAGGAAAGUUCAAGAUGGAAAACUACAAGACGCAGCAAAGAAUGAAACGAAGCUCCGCGCAAGUGAGAAGGAGGUUGGUGUGCUGCGGGAGCAAAUCACCAAGCUGAAGUUGGAAGUGACGAAGAGCGCAAGUUUGCUGACGCGGCUUCAAGCAGACAAAGAAUCCAGCGAACGCAACCAUGGCCAGAAAACAGCUCACUUGGGUAUGUUGGAAACCCAAUUAGCCGAAAUGAGUGACCAAAAUGCCGAGGCCAAUGCAAAAUUGGAAGCCGCGUUGUACGACCUUAGUCAAAAGGACGAAACCCUGCAAGAGGCUCAAGACAGGCUGCAAAAGGUCGAAUCCGAACUAUCGGAGACGAAGAAGGCCAAGAAACAGGCUGCUGAAGCUUUGUCGUCAGCCCAGAAGGGUGCAGAUGCGAAGAAGUCGAAAAUGGUCGAAUCGUUGCAACGAGAACUGCAAACGAUGCAACAACAGAUGUCGAAGAAGAGCUCUGCUGCUCAAAAAUUGAUUCAAGAACGGGAACAAGAAUGCAUGGAGCUUCGGAAACAGAACAAGACCCUGCAGCAAGAAGUUGACAAAGGCUCGUUGAGCGACAGAAGAAUCUUCGAACUUGCUGCAAAGCAAAGUAAUCGAGAAUCUGGUCAGGCGGUCGAGAUUGAAAUCCGCGACAAGCUCAUCGAACGAAUGAAGGAUGCACUGCUGGACCGUGAUGGCGAUCUGGCAACAGCAGAAAAGCACGUUGAGGAAGUCCAGGGACAAGUGGAAGAGCUCUGCCGAGUCCGUCGGAGAGAGGACGUGAAUUUGGACUACUUGAAGAGCGUAGUUGUCCAGUACCUCUCCAAACCACCAGGUACAAGCGAACGAGCUCGUUUGUUGCCUGUAUUAGCCACCUUGCUGCAGUUCGACAGCGAAGACUACCGCAUGAUCGAAGAGGGCAAGAAGAAACUCAGCUGGUGGGGCACAGUAGAGCCAGUGUUGAUUGGACAGGGAUCUCAAGCCCCUGCACCAAUACCAGCUCGGGCAUCCUCAACGCCUCAAGCACAGCAAGUUACAUCUGCGGAGGUGUCAAUUUCCCGAGGAACGGCACCCGCAGGGAAAAAGACAUCGUUGCAGUUUUAG